AUGAACAAAACAGAAUGGAGACCUGAAAACACGGUAGUUUGUAUUGACGUUGAAAACCGUUCACGAUAUCCAGCAAACGAACAGCUGGGGCACAAUGUUAUAGUUAAAGAGUUAAAAAGCAGUACAUUGAAAUCCAUUAUUGCAACCUCACAUUCAUUCUCCGAUGUUGGUUCAAGUCCAAUUCGCAAUGAAUCGAAAAAUUAUAUGUCUUCAUUCAAAUUAACAACUGCACAAUAUUUUUCUACAACUAUCAGAAAACAUCAUAAAUGUGUACAAAUGGCUAUGAAAAGUAAAGAUAUGACAAAAGCUAUGCAUCAUAUUGAUCAAUGCAUCAAAUUAGCGCCACACAAUGCUAAGUUUCUUAUAGAACGCUCUGGAAUUUAUAUCAAGCUAUUAGCUUAUCAGCAUGCAAUAAGCGACCUACACUUGGCCAUAUCUUUAGGGUCAAAUACACUAGACACUAUGUCAGUCAAUCGAGAUUUAACAAACGUUGCUUUGGAGUCACCAUCUAUCAUGUCUGUAAGUUUGGAUCGUAUAGAAUAUGAAAAUGCUUUAUUGAUGACUGGUCAGCUUCACAUAGUUCAUGGAAAGGAUUUAAAAGAUGAAGGAAAAUUGGAAGAAGCCCUGAAACAAUAUGAGUUAGGCAGAAGCUUCAUUGAUCAAUAUGCUCAGAUGAAAGAUUUAAUUACUAACUCAUCUAUCACACCAGGAACAUUGGUAACAUUGAUGGGUAUUUUACAAGUUUAUGAAUCAAUGAAACGUAAUGAUGACUAUGUGGAUUUGAUAACAAAAUGUAUAAAUAAUUUGGAAAGUGAAAAUAUGGAAAUUCCAGAGGAAAUACUAAUGGGAGAUCCUAUCUUGACCUCGAGAUUAUAUUUACCUCCAUUACGUUAUUGCCCAAAUCAUUUAGAAAGUUACAACUUAUUACAUCAACUUGAAACUAUAUCCUCCAAUAAACAAGAGGAAGCUGUUGAAUUAAUGUUGAAAAAUCGUUUCUUCGAUUCAUUACAUUCAAUCACUAUAGCGAUCUAUGCCCAACCAGAGAAUAUUUCUUUAUAUUUUGAUAAAGGAGCAAUCCUAAGGAAACUUGACAGAUUAACCGAGUCUUUAGAUUGUAUUAUGCAAGGAAUAAAUUUAUUCAAUACAUGGAAUGAUACUGAUAAGAAGAACUCAGCUGAUCUGUACCAAUUAGGGAGAAAUCAAUUAUUUCUUACAAUGAGCUCUUAUGCGAUAAGACUAUUAAAACAAGAGAAAUACCAAGAAUCAAAUGCAUUAACUCGUCAACUCUUGGAAGUGGAUCCUAAAAAUUAUAGAUUAUUGAUUUUAUCUGCUGACUGUCAAUAUUUUCUGAAUAAUUAUGAAAAAUCACUUGAAGAAUAUGAAAACGCAAAGUCAAUAAUUAGUAAACUAUUGACCGAUUCUAAUCAUUGCAUUUGUGAUAACAAUGUGAUGAAAAUUCCCGAAAGUAUUAAUUCAAUCAAUGGAAGAAUCUGCUUAGCUUGUUACCAGUUAAGUAAAAGUAGAAUUAAACAAAGUGACUGGUCAAAGGCAAUAAAUUAUUUAGAUCGCUGUAUUCGUUUGGCGCCAUUUCAAUCAGAAUUUUACAUGACACGUGCACUAGUUCAUUAUCAGUCAAAUCAUACUGAGCAUUCGUGGAAUGAUAUAUUAAUUUUCGUUUAUUUGAAUUUAAGUGACUGGGCAUUGUGUCAAAGAACAAACGGUAAAUGGUCUAUAUAUCCAAUGUGGUAUCAAACUAUUGUACAUAAUCGAUUCCUCAGUCAAGUUAAUGAACAAAUCGGUCCAUUAAUCCAUCGUCUCACACCAAAAUAUAUUGAUUUGGUAAAAGUUGCGAAUUCUAAAGAAUGUGAACUGUCUUUACUAAAGAAUUUACGAAGAAUAAUUAAUGAAAACAAAUGUGCUGCAUGUCAGAGAGCCCGUGAUGCUUCAACUACUAAAAUUACCUUUCCUACUAAUGGUAAUCAACAGAUGUUAGAAAAUCCGAUUGAUUGGUUAAAUAAUCAUGUGUGGUUUAAUUUAUUUUCAGAGCCUAGGGAUAACAAUGUUAUUAAAAUGCAUUUCGUAAAUUCAGAUGAUAUUACUCAGAAAACAUUCACUGAUGUAGGUGAAGAUGACUACAAACAAAUCAAUGCCAAAAUUAAGGAAAUUCGUCGGAAGAAUUUCGCCAGACAAUACAUGUACACCAAAUGA